AUGUCCCUACGGAGACGUGCAGAUACACCCGCUUUGCCAUCAUCACCUUGUCAACAUUGUUUAUCAACAACUUGGCCAAGAAAAACACAGGAACUUGAUUCCUAUUACGUACAAAAGACGCCUUUAAGGUCGCUAGUAACGUGGACACGCCUACCAUGGAUACCAUCGACGCCAACGUUGCCCGCACCACCCAUAACUGUGCCACCACCACCUUUACUGACACUACAAAAGCUAUACACCUUUUCACUUAACCCAGAGCAGUAUUUAGAUAUUAACGCAAACACAAUAGGGGAGACAAAUUAUUUCAAAUCAACUUAUGCCAAAGUAUUAAAAGAGGCCACCGAAGAUGACGAUUAUCUGGAACACCCAGAAGAACUUGUUCCAUCAUUAGAAGUGCUAACCGAUCAUAUUGGCUCACCGAAACCGACAACUGAACUGCCGACUAGGUACAUUGAGUCUUCUGAACAAAGGUUUAAAGAAUAUAAACAAAGUAACUCAUUGUAUUAUUUACCAGAGCACACACCGAGAAAUGAACAAUCAGUUGAUAAAAAAUAUAUGACAAAUUCUCUUCCCAUCUCUUACCCGCCAAUAAUACGUAAAGCAGCAAUAGGGCGCCACAAAAUUGACAAUGUUCAAAACGUGGCACCACCAAUUUAUGCAGAAAUGUCCGUACGGAGACGUUUAGAUACAUCCGCUUUACCAUCAUCACCUUGUCAUCAAUGUGUAUCAACAACGUGGCCAAGAAAAACAACAGAACUUGAUUACCAUUACUUACAAAAUAUGCCUUUAAGGUCGUUAGUAACGUGGGCACCCCUACCAUGGAUACCACCGAAGCCAACGUUGCCUACACCGCCCACAGCUGUACCACCACGGCCUUUACUAAUAUCACAAAUGCCAUACACUUUGUCACUUAAUCCAGAGCAGUAUAUAGAUAUUAACGCAAACACAAAAGAGGCCACCGAAGAUGACGAUUAUCUAGAACACCCAGAAGAGCAUAUCCCAUCAUUAGAAGUGCUAACCGAUCAUAUUGGCUCACCGAAACCGACAACUGAACUGCCGACUAGGUAUAUUGAGACUUCUGAACAAAGAUUUAAAGAAAACAAACAAAGUUAUAAAAGAAUAUGUGGUAAAUGUGAGAAAAUAUCGUCUUUAACAGCCGGCCAACAUAAUCAACAUUUUACGGAUUACAAUUUAGAUUCACAUUACCUUGAAAAAGUCGUUGAAACAAGUACUGUUGAUAUUAAUGAAGAUUGUAAUCUUAACUUACCACCAUGUGAUAGACCUUCCUCUUGGUUUACCACAUCGCUAGCAGAUGAAACACCAAAUACCAUAAGAACUGUAUUAAAGUCCACAACUCCAAGAUCUACCUCAAUUCGGCAAAAAACCAGAAAGUCAAAGUACUAUAAUGUUGGUAUAUCAACUAUCCUUGUCUAUCCUUCUACUGAACUAACUACGCCUUCUUCAUCUCCUUGUACCACUAAGUUUGCUACCACUACUCCUACUAUUGCAUCUAUGACAAGUACUUCAACUACUAGUCCUACUACUACUGCUUCUACAACUACUUCUUCUACGAAAAAAACAACAACUAUUACUACUUCUACGACUACUACUACUACUGCUGCUUCUACUACUACUACUACUUCUGCUACUACUACUGCUUCUACUACUACUACUGCUUCUACUACUACUACUACUACUUCUGCUACUACUACUAUUACCACUACUACUUCUAUCACUAGUACUGCUACCCCUACUACUACUACCGCUUCUCCUACAACGAUUGCAAUCUUUUUUCCUACUACAACUGUGCCUUAUAUAUUUUUUCCAAUUUUUCCAAUGAAAAGUUCAGAAUCUGAGAAAGCCAGCGUUCACGAAGUAACUAAAAACAUUAUCAAAACGACCACAAUGCCAACAAUUACAUCCACACGAUGUGAAAUAAAUGAAGCAGAACAGAAUAAUGAUACUUCUGAAGAAAAAUACAAUUUAUUAGGUGACAAAAAUAACGCUACCAAUAAAACGAAUGAUACGGACAAUAUACUUCAGUUAACAAUGAAGGGGAAGGUUAAAAAUGUGCUUUCGACGAAUUGUGUAUAUGGUCAAGAAAAUCCAGAGUUAAUGCAUAAAUGUGCAAGACCAAAGACUUGGCUGACAACUAUAAAAGGGGAAACAAGAGAUUUUUUCCGGAUACUCCUCCGGUCUUCGACACAUAAAUAA